AUGGGAUGUACAGCAAAUAUUAAGAGUCGUCCAAGUACAGGUGAUGAAGAAAUGCCAGAAGAAAAAGACACAAAGCUAUCGGAUUUUCCAAAAGCUGAUUUAAGCUUAAGUUUGCCAGCGAAAGGCAAACAUUUUAAAAUCAGGGUUUUUAACCCUUCAACAAAUGGAUUAAUUAGUGAACCUACUGUUGAGACCACAAACAGUUAA